GGCCAUGAUGUGCUAUAUGUGUAUACUUCUCCUUAUGUUGGUUGCUGUUGUCACGGUGAUGCAUGCUACUGAUGCUGCAUCAAAUGGGAUUCAAAAUACACCACAUCGACUCGCAAAACAUCACAGAACUGACACUGAUAGCAAAGAAGUUUCAAGAAAGUCACGUUUACCAACAUUUUGCCAUUGUAAAGGCAAGACUAAAAUAGUUUGCUUAUGCCGUGCAAAAACAAAAAAUGACCAAAUACCACUGGCAGAUAUCCUAAAACACAUGAAUAAAAACUACACUGCUACUUUAAGGUUUGACAAUUUUAAGUUUGAAACUUUGAUAAAUGGUACUUUUAAUGGAUUUGUUAAACUAUCAUCACUGGAUUUGUCUAACUGCAGCAUCAAAAAUAUUGAAGUUGAUGCCUUUAAAAGCAUUAGUCUGUACAAUCCUCAUACGUUCAAACUGAAAAUACAAAUUAACCCAAUUCAGCAUAUUGAACCUGGAACCUUUGCUGCAAUAAACUCAUGGAAACAACUGUCAUUGAAUCAUAAUAGAAAUCUGGGGGCAAAAGGCAUCCAAACUGUGAUUAAUGACUUAAGAAAUAAAACAGUUCAUAGUUUGGAAAUAAAAUCAUGCGGAAUAUUCCUGGAUGAAUUAACCAAUUCUUUUUUUGAACCUCUACGUUAUUCCGAUGUUGGAAGGUUGAAUAUAGAAGGCAAUGCUAUUGGAAUUGUGAAAUCAGAUGCAUUUGAACCGUUGAAAGAAUCACUAACUGAUUUAACAUUGUGGAACUUCAUGUAUGUAGAAAAAGAAACAUUCCAAAUAUUUAGGGAAUUGAGACUUUUGAACAUAGGUGGGUUUAUCCCAUCAAGGAGCUUGUAUGACCUUAACAUACACCUUCAGAAUAUAACAGCGUUGAAAAGUCUAACAAUCAAUAUGAGAGGAGUUGAUGUGAUAUCAAUGCACAUUUCUGAUUUGCCAAAUUUGCAUGACUUGCAUCUGACAUCUGGAGGUGUUGAAUUUCAGGUCCAUCGAUAUCAGUUGAUUGCACUGUUGGAUAAUGUUAAAACAUUAAAACAGUUAGAUUUGUCUGGGAACCUUUUAUUUAAAUAUACGGAUGAUCAGCUUUGUCAGUUAUUUGAGAAUCGUAGCAAUUUUAUAUUUUUAUCCCUCCACAGUAACUACUUGUCACAUCUUCCUCAAUGCAUGUUUAAAGGAAUGUAUGAGUUGGAUACAUUACUCCUUAAUAAAAACAGGCUUACAUAUAUCCAAAAGGACCUUUUCAAGGAUUUGCAUGUUCUAAAUAAGUUGGAUUUAUCCAGGAAUGCACUUACAUUCAUUCACUCAAGCAACUUGGAAAUAAUGUCACAUUUACGAUUACGUGGACUGUCAAUUUAUGGAAACAAGUUUGAGUGCAAUUGUCAACUUAAAGGCCUUCGUAACUGGCUCGCGGAGAAAAUGAUGAAGAGGACAAAAAAAUUCAUUGUUGAGAAUUGUUCAAUGCCUUCCUACAAAGACAUAGAAUAUGUCCACAAUUUCACAAUGACUUGGUUGGAGUGUAAUACCAUUCCAUUUAUGAUUGGUACAACAGUAAGUGGAGGUUUAAUCAUAUUCCUGAUAGUUGUGACCCUUCUGCUACUGAGAUAUUUCUGGAAGGACAUAGAGUACAGAAGAAUGAUCUUCCUCGCCAGGAAUCACGAGCGUGAUGGAAACAAGGAUGGUCCACUCAUAGAAAAUGAUGCUUUUGUUAGUUACCACAGUGAAAAACAAUUAUGGGUUGACAGAGAUUUGUGUCAAGAGCUUGAGAAUGGAGAGGACAUUAAGUUUAGAUUGAUGUUUGAUGAUCGAAUAAUGCCAGGUGGUUCCUUAUUCACAUCAUUGGGGCAAGCCAUACACACCAGCAGGAAAAUUAUAUUUGUGGUGAGUCGUGGUUGGGUGAAAGAUGCCAUGAAUCAGUUUGAGGUUGAUAUGGCCCUUGUUAAACUCCUAGAUGACUACAGAGACAUGAUUAUUGUUCUACUCAUGGAGCAUAUUCCUAAACACGAGAUGCCUGACAAAGUGAAGAUGAUUAUAAAGCACAAUAACUGUCUAAGAUGGAGUAAUAAAGAAAAGAAACAAGCAAAGUUCUGGAGAGACCUCAAACUCGAACUUGGCAAACAUCAUUUUCAGCCACCAGACGAAAACAAUGUUGAAAUCUAGUGAUUCAAAUUGAGUCAAUAGAUAUGUAAAUGACCAUGAACAUAUGAAGUUUAUCACAUUUAUUGCAAAAUAUACCGAAAACAUCAACAAUUGCCCAACUUUCCACUGAGUAGACCAAUGAAUGUAUAAAACAAUAUUUUUGAGGAUCGAAUGACAAUAGUAUGAACCAUCCAUAAUCAAUAACAGAGUAAGAUCAAAUAAUAAAAAAAGAUCAAAUCUUCAUUUUUAUAUAUUGAAGUAACACCUGUUUCAAGGUUCUCUUGUGUGGAAAUUAUUGAAUUGACCUAAUAUUCAAGGUAAAUGCUCAUUUUGAGCUGUGCAUAUAUAAAAACCUAUGUUUGAUAUACCUACAUGUAUAGUAUUACAAUUAUACUCCUAGUGUUUUAACUUUGAGCUGUAUAUAAAUGCAUGCAACUGCACUUUAACAGGUAUGACAACACACAACUUUUAUUGUAAAAAUUUGCUGGG